AUGGGCAAUGAAGAAUCCACCAUGCUGGACGACAGCGUCCACCCCAAGACCCUCGAGUCGAGGUCUCUGGGCGCCAUUGCCGACUACAUCAAGUCCGGCGAGGUGAAGCGCAUCGCCGUCAUGACCGGCGCGGGCAUCUCGACCGCCGCAGGCAUCCCCGACUUCAGAUCCCCCGGCACCGGCCUCUAUGCCAACCUCGCCCGCCUCAACCUCCCCUACGCCGAAGCCGUCUUCGACAUCAGCUACUUCCGCAAACACCCCGAACCCUUCUACUACCUCGCCAAGGAGCUCUACCCGGGCAAGUUCUUCCCGACCGUCUCGCACGUCUUCAUCGCCCUCCUCGCCAAGAAGAGCCUCCUCCAGAUGAACUUCACCCAGAACAUCGACUGCCUCGAGCGCCGCGCCGGCGUCCCGGACGACAAGAUCAUCGAGGCCCAUGGCUCCUUCGCCACCCAGCGCUGCAUCGAGUGCGCCACCCCCUUCCCCGACGACAAGAUGCUCCAGCACGUCCAGGCCGAGAUCGUGCCCCGCUGCGGUACUUGCGACGGCCUCGUCAAGCCCGACAUCGUCUUCUUCGGCGAGGCCCUCCCCGAGGCCUUCCGUAACAACACACAUCUCCCCGCCAUGGCAGACCUCAUUGUCGUCAUGGGCACCAGUCUGUCUGUCUACCCUUUCGCCGGCCUCGCUGAGGCGUCGCGGUCGGGUGUGCCGAGGCUGCUGCUCAACAGGGAGCGCGUGGGCCAGAUGGGUCGCCGUGCGGAUGAUGUCGUUGAGCUGGGCACGUGCGAUGCUGGCGUGCGCAAGCUUGCUUCUCUCCUUGGCUGGCGCGACGAGCUCGAGGACAUGUGGCGCGGCAUCGUUGGCGAGAAGGAGGCCGAGAGGCAGCUUGCUUCUGCUGCCGCUGACGGUGACGAGGACCUCGAGGAGGAGAUCCGCAAGGUCACCGAGAACGUCGGCUCUGCACUCAAGCUCGACGACGACAAAGAGGAGCCCGAUGUCGUCGGCGCCUCCUUGCGGCAGGACGGUGGCAGCGACACGGAGGAUGCGCAGCAGACCAUCCCCAAGGGUACCGUCUCGCGUGUCACCAAGGCGCUCGAGGCGGAGGUCGGCACUGACAUCAAGGACGACCGCGGUCGCGAGGGGCAUACCGUCUCUGGCUCCGAGGGCGCACCGCAGGAAGCCACCGACUUCCGCGCCGAGGCCAAGAAGAAGAUCCAGCUUGCCGCGCAGGGUGCCGCGACACCCCUCGACGAGGUUGCCGUCGUCUUUGACCCUAACGCGCCCGUUGCCGCCAAGAAGGACACCGCCGCGGAUGAGGCACUUACCUCCGGCCCAGCGCGCUACGAGCCCACGACAUCUUCAGAGCCGGCUACCACAUCGGAGUCCACACCCGCUGACACCCCAUCCACAUCAUCCAAGGAGACGCAGGACGUACACACAACAACAGACAAGACGGCGGAGGCGGCGCCGCCAAAGGCUUCAGAAGCGGAAGAGAAGAAGACGCCGGAUGAUGCCAAGCUAUGA